GCUCCGCCACACUGCUCCUACCACCGCGACCUCGAAAGGACUACGUACCACAGGUUGUCGUGAGUGCCCAUCAUGUCGUGGUGGGUGUGGUGCGCCGCCGCCGCGCUCUGCGCCUGCGCGGUCGCUGAAGAAAAACGCGCCGAGAUGUCUCCCCUCCCGUUCGUCCUUGGAUCACGCUAUGGCCGCUCACCGGGCCCGGCCGGCGCGCCGCGUCUCCUCGCCCCGAGAAAUGAUAGGUUCUUCAUGGGCAGCCGCUACGGCAAGCGGUCGGAGCCGGACAACGUAGGGCCAGGCACGACACACGUGCGUCCGCUGCUCUGCGAGUACACGGGGGUCCCGCAGCUGUACCGCUGCGAGCGGGCGCCGCCUCUAGACACGAGGAGAGGCUCCGACGAAGGCGUAGAAGACUAAUCCCCCUGCCGACCCCGCUCCCCGCACCUCACGCCACCAUUCGGCUGGCUGACUCUUACAUGUCAGAACGAAUCAUCGCACUCUCUCACACAACUGAACGCAUCAAAUGAGCCCAUACAACAUACAUCAUACACUUUGGGGUUACUAGUGGCAUGCCGGACAACUCAAACUUUACCUUAAGUAAUUACAGUGCACCAUCGUGCAUUUUACAAGCUUGGUGGCUCAUGAGUGGAAGUUGACCCAAGAUGUUACGUGGGUAAAUCAGUCAGAUGGUGGCGGAAUCAUGCGACUGGUGGCUCCUGGAGUGAUCUGCGCUAGGAUAGUUAAUAUUAGAUAAUAACCUUUUCAAAACCCAAUCCCUGGUGUUGCAAACCGCUCGCUUUCUCAAGUUAAAAAAAAGUAUAAAAUGUGAAGUAAUCUUUAUACCGAUUAUAACUAUUAUAUAAACUAAAUACUACAAGUUUCUACAUUUGUAUGUGGCAUUAAAAAUGUAGUCAUGUAAAAUUGUAGACGUUCACCAAAAGGUCAUAUAAAUAUAUUAACAAUAAUUAUAACGUUCUAUUUAAUAUGUUACUCGUGCUGCAUUUUAAUUUAAAAAUUCCGAGACGUCAACUUGACACCCGUGGUGCACAUACUUACAUGUUGGUGCACACGAGACGAACUGUUAUUAAUUUAACAGUUUUACAGUUAGAAUGGAAGUAGUUGUAUUUAAGAGUAAGUGAGCGCUCGUGCGGGGGCGAAGGCUGGGCGCUCCCGGCGGCUGCGGCGGGGGUUGGGGGUUAAAGGGGUGGGUCCAUGGUUGGUUGCUGUUGUCUUACUGUUGAACUGCAUGUUUACUGUGGUUUUUAACUAACUGGAUUUUCUAAAACUAUUAUGAAUGACUAGAUGUAGUAGGUAAAAUCGCAAUAUGUAUGCCGCAAACUUUGUAAUGCGCCUUCGAUGAAAAAAUAUUAAAUAUUUUAUUUAAUGUAUUUAAAGUAUCUUAAAUUUUAAGAUACUUUCUAACAAAUAUUCGAAACAUAUACCAAGACUAGAAUCUCGCUUCGCUCGGUCUGAAAUAUACAUGAACAUUAUUUAUAUAAGCAAGAAGUGACCAACGCAUGGUAUGUUAACAUUAACUCUAAGUAUUAUUAGGUUAAUUAUAAGUAUGAUGUUAGAUACUUGUUAUUAUAAAUAAUACGGGCGGGCGCCGCGGCCAUCGUCUCUCCUUGUUUCGCAAUAUGACUUGUAUAUGUUGACUCUGUCGAUGGCCCGGCGCGCGUCCGCCGACGGGUCGCAGCCUCGACGUUGCGGCAGCGACGCGCCGGCCGCCCAAUGGAAGGACUCUGCAAAUAUUUAAAUAAACCGGAAUCAAACCGUA